AGGCUCUGGUUCGAGCUAUAUCAUUGGAGAAAGACUGUGCUGAUAUACCUUUGCUCCGUAUUAAUUUUAGCUGGAUUCUACUUACUUAUGAGAUUUACAGAGAUUGAGAGCAAAACACUUAAGGAUGAAUUGCCUAAUACAGAAAUGUGGACUUACCCGUAUUAUGCAUACAAGCAAGCUAUACUGCAACACGAGUACCAGCCAACGAAGAAAUACGUGAAAAUCACAAACUCAUUUCGUUUGCUUAUAAAUGAACCACACUUUUGCUUAGAGAGACAAUAUAUGUAUCUUAUAAGUGUCAGUUCAUCGGCAGCUAACACGGAGCGGAGGACAGCAAUUCGUAAUACUUGGGGCAACCAAACGCUUUUGAAUCAAACUAAAGGUGGUAUAAUCUUCCUAUUAGGGAAAGUUAAUGAUGAUAGGAGAUUACAGAUGCAAAUCUACGAAGAAAGUAUGCGCCAUAGGGAUAUCAUACAAGGUAAUUUUGCUGAUGCUUACAGGAAUUUGACUUUGAAAUCUGUUAUGGCGUUAAAGUGGUUCUCUUCUUACUGUCCCCGAGUGCGUUUCUUAAUGAAAACUGACGAUGAUAUAUAUGUAAAUGCAAAUAAACUCUCCCACUUUCUCUACAAGAAUCAGAACAAAAAGCGUUGGAUAGUAGGAUGUGUGAAAACGCAUGCUCGUUUACCAUUUCAGAUGAAGAAAAAUGUUCGCAUUUCCUCUUUUAAUCUUCCAGCGGCACAUCCAACAUUUGUGGCUGGCGCAGGGUAUAUCAUUUCCAGUGAUAUAGUAGAAGAGCUUCACGAGGCCUCAGAAAAGCUUACUGUACUGCCUGUAGAGGAUGUUUUCAUUACCGGACACUGUUCUAAAACAAUAGGUGUGAAACCAGAGCAUGAUUUCAGAUUUAGCUGUGGAGAAGCAGUUCAGGAUUAUUGCCACUUAUUUUCAAAUAAGUUUACAGGACACCGAGUAUCUGCUCAACAGCAAGUAGAGAUAUGGAAAUACGCAAAUAAUCCAAGGAUGUGUAAGAAAAAGCUGUAUAAUAAAACAGGGAGCUUUAAAGAAAAUUUCUGAAAAUAGAUGUAUUUCGAAAUAAUUCGUAAGAAAUCAUUUUAUUGCUAAGAACAUGCGUAUCGCAUAAAGAAUUAACACAUUAACCUUUCGGCACUCAGAACACUUGCAACCGUUGUGGAUCGAUUCAGCUAGUCUUUAGUAAGUGCCCCAAAGAAGACCGUAACAAAUUUGUAAGCAGUUUCGGCAGAUUACGAGGUGGUUGGUGAGCUCUGAGCUGGUGUUCUAUGAUAUUCCAUAUCUGCUAAAUAGGCUUUAUAACCAACCAGUUAGGAGACCGAUACAGAACUGAAAUUCAUCAGUAUGUUCCUCAAAACCAAGCAGUGCAGCUCCGACAUUUUAACGAGGAGUAUUUCUCUGGUAGGAGAGUUCUUAUUCGGUGGAGAACACAGAUGACAAGAAAAGGUGUAACUGGUCAGCAAUGAUGCUCAUGUAGUCUGGAGAUGUCGCGAUUUACACUGGUGUUUCAACAUUUAGAGAAUUUAUCCAGUAUAGUAGAUAAUCUCUAAAACUGAUGAAUAAAUUUUAAGCAAAUUUGGCACGUAUACAUGUUGAUAUAAUGCAAAAACAGCAAUCACAGUACUCAAUCAUGAUCUUGAGUAAGGAUUCUCGGCCCAAGAAGAUCUAAGCCAGACGUUGCAAGGUUCGAAUAAAAAGCGACUAAUAGGUGUGCUUGAUCAGCCAUACAGCUCUCACAAUGCGACUUCAUAUAGGAAAAGAGGCAUUUUAUGAGUCCUCGUGACAGUUCUACUCCUGCAGCAAAGAUAUUUUCAAGUCCUGUAGUAUUUUGGGAGAGAGAAUGCGGUGAUGAGCCUUAUGCAGUAUUUUACGUGUGUAUCAUGAGUGCUAUAUGGCAUAUUGUUUUCAUUAAAAGAUUUCAUUCAAAUCUGCCCAUCAGUCCUGAAUCAGCCAAAUGCGAGAAAUUUUAAAUUUUGAACAGCAGAAUAUUAUGCAACAAUCUCUGAUCCCGGGAUGCCUAGAACAUUGUUCUCUAAAGCAAAAUGCCUCAAACACUGGCUUAGUUACGGCCCACCUAUUCCUCUGGAGGGGGAAGUACCCUGACACGGCUAUCAAGGGGGUGUAAAAAAAAUCAUGAUUUAUUUAGAAUUUUGAAUUCUAUUUUAUUAAGCACAAUCGUUAAUGUGUAAACACUGGCUUUCCAAAAUUAAGUAUAAUAACAUAAUCAAAUGUUCCCCCGUUGUUGCCUUUAUUAAAAUUAUAUUUUAUUAGGCAGUUAGACAACGUAUAAUUUAAUUGAUUUUUAAUAAAAGGAAAUUGAAUGUUUAUAGUGUAUUUAAAAUAAAUACUUUGAAAAGAAUACCAUAAUUUAAUUUUCUUAUGGGUUAUUUCCAUAGGAUGAACAAAUCUAAAUAAAUUUUGGUCUAUAUAUAUAACCCCGCGAUAUUUAGGUAUCAGUAACAAUGUUCGUUUUUAGGUAUUAUUAACAAUGCUCGUUCAACAGCAAGAAUAUGAUAUGCUUUAUAUAUAUAUCAAUGUUAUGUUGAUAGUUUAAAACUGCAAUGGGCUUCAAGUACCACUUCCAUUUGUCCAAUUUUACCCCAAAAUCUAACCAACUCUUUAUAAGAAAUUGCUACACACGCAGACAGAUAGGAUUAUUGUAAAAACAGUAAAAACGUGCUGCAAGGAUCCUAAUUAUUUACUGAAAAAUUACUAUUGAAUUUUUGGACCGAAAACAUUACCUCUCUUUCCUACGCAUAUGUAGGAGGGCGGCAGGUUGAAAAUAGAAACUGUGAAAUAAAUGAUAAAAUUCUUUUUGAAAGUCAAAAUUUGGUGCAAUGCCGUAAAGAGCUAAAACUCUGCAUGAUUUUUACAAAAGACUUUUCUUUCAUUUGGCAUUUCAGAUUUCAUCAUCGCUUUUUACUGGAAAUGAGCUAUACACACACGCAUCUAUAUCCAUAUCUAUAUCUCUAUAUAUCUCGUAUGUAUAUACAUCAGUAUCUAUAAUAACAUAAGCAUGCUACCAUACAUUUUUGGAUUCUAAUUUUUAGCACCUUCUUUUAUUUUGUGGCAAUUUGAUUUUUAAUGUUUUUCAAUGAAAGUUACUUUCAAUUGAUUUUUAUUCACUAUGUAUCUUUUUUCUUUCUUCUUUCUGGCUGUAUGGGAAAAGCUUUUAAGCUUUUAGUUUACUCAAACAGGGUAAAGUGCUUUACAUCGCUUCAUUUUCAAAUUAACUUCUAAUCAUAACUGUUAAUUCUUCUAAGCUUUAUUAAGGUGCCAAGUUUCCUUUAUCUUGUGUUAAAAGAGGGAUGGUAAUUUCUCCUAUCAUGUUUUUCCACAUUUUUUUUCCGGUAUUUUCAAAUUUCAGUCA